UAUUUUCUAGACUUUAUUGAAUAAAAGAACGGACAUGGUACCAAAAAAAUAUUUAUUUGAUAGAAAAUAAAUAUGAAAAGAAUUAUAGGUUCAAAUAUUACAAAACAUAAGUAGAAAAAUAAUUAUUUGUUGUUGUUAGAAGUGUUAUAAAGAUAUAUAUGUAAUUACUAACAUAAGUAAAAAUGGACAAAGAAUUAAACAAAGCCAAAUCACACUCGCUAUACUUCCAAUUUUCUUUUCCCGCUUAUUUGUUACUUUUCUCAAACAUUAUCGGUUAAUACUAUCUUCCCCCGUCCAAUUUUCACCUUCUUUUUCAUUCUCUCAUUUGUUUUCGUCAUUUUCAUUAAACACGAAUACGAGCAUGGCACGAGCACGAAUAGGCACGGCACGAUUCAAACCGUGCACAGGCCUGGGCCGGGCCUAGCAAAAUUAACAAAUGGGCUUGCAUGUCACGGCACGAAAACUGACGGGCCAUGCCAAGCACGACACGAAAUAAAUGGGCCCGAAGCGUGCUCGUGCCGCCAACGCCCAUGUACAUUUCCAAUUCAUAUCUAGUUGUUCUCUUCUGGAAAUAUUUUUAACAAAAAAAAAUUGAGAGUUAUAAUUCGUUCAAAAUGUGAAGUGUAUUUUGGAGGUACCUCUGUACUGUAUAAUCCACUGCUCUUCUGCUCUCAGGUUUCCAAGAGGGUAAACUCCCUGUCCGAUACUUAGGACUACCUUUGAUUACUGGAAAGUUAUCCUCAACAGAGGUGGCUAUACUGGUGGAAAAAAUCACAAAACGAAUCAAGUCCUGGCGGGCUAAAAAACUUUCUUAUGCUGGAAGAUUGCAGUUAAUUAACUCUGUUUUGAUGGGGAUAGUGCAGUUUUGGAUGCAACUCUUUGUUCUUCCUAAAAAAGUGCUGAAGCAAGUGCAGAAGGUAUGUUCCCAGUUCCUAUGGCAUGGCAGUGAUGAGGGCAGAGCAAAAGUUGCUUGGGAGAAACUAGCUUUUCCGAAGAAAGAGGGUGGAUUGGGAAUUAAGGACCUUCAGGCCUGGAAUGUAGCUAGCACUGCUAGAAUGCUCUGGCUGUUUCUUAUCAUAUCUGGGACUCUCUGGGUGGCAUGGAUGUAUGAAUAUAAAUGCAAACAUAAUGAUCUGUGGGCAAUGAAACCUCAAUAUAGCAGUUCCUGGACCUGGAGGAGAUUGCUUAAAAUUCGAGAUCAGAUUAAACCUUGGAUGCAGCAGAGAGAUGGUAUUUUCUAUUGGGGGACGACAGUAAUGCAGGUAUACUCUGUGCGUUUGGUGUGGGAAUCCCUGCGUAAUAAGCAGGCAGAGGUGCCAUGGUUCAGACUCGUCUGGAGCAAGUUUUGCCCCCCUCGGUUUAGCUUUAUAGCUUGGCUGGUUGUACGCAAUGCCAUAGUGACGAGAGAUAAACUACUGAGCUGGAGGAAAAUCACAGUUGCUACUUGUCCAUUAUGCACAUAUCCAAUGGAGUCCAGGGAUCAUCUAUUCUUACAUUGUUCCUUUGUUCGUCGUUUUGUCUCAUGUUUGAAUUGCAGAUUGUUUACUGCUGGUGAUUGGGAUACAAUGCUAGCUACAGCUUGCUCUGUUGUUCGAUCCUCAGGAAGAAUGAGUUGGCACGGAGUAAUGUGGUGUAUGGUGCUCACUUAUAUAUGGCGCGAGAGAUGCAAAAUGGUACAUGGGGGCGCAAUCCCAGACCCAGAGAAGGUAGUUGCACAUCUGCAAGCGGAUCUGCAGUAUUUAGUCGCUGGAAAUGUUGCGUGGCAAGGGGACCUGACACAUUUGGGAUAUCUUUAAAGUUUGUUUGUUAGUUCACAGUUUUGGGGGUGAGGGCAUAGUCUGAGAUACGUAGAACGUGAUAGUAUUUUUGUUCUGUUUUGCUUUGACACAAAGCUUUAACGCUUUGUCUUUGCUGUAUUGGUUUCCUUUUUUGCAUCAAUAAGAGAGAAACUGAUUCAACGAAGAAAAAAAAAAUUGGAGUUCAAUCAUGGUUCAUUUAUUUUAUGGCGAUUCUAUGGUGCCGUGACGACAUCCGUGCCGGCAUUAUAUCUUGCCACUUCAAGCAAAUGAGGAUUGAUUCCAAAUCAUUGGUUUCGAUUGGAUUAGAUAAUAAACACAUAAAAUAAAAAGAUCGACUUCCUUGAUUUCCAAGUAGUUUAUUACUUGAUUCGCAUAUUCUUGAGAUUUGUUGUUUGAUACCUGCCAUAUAAUAAUAUGGGAGUUGCUAAAGAUCGCCCUUAAAAUUGCUAAAGAUCAUUCUAAAAAAUAUCAAAGUUACAAUUUUAAUCCUUUAACUUUUUGACCUUUCUUUUUAGCAAACAAACAACACAUAGACUAAGGAAAGAAAAGAAACGCUAUCCAAUAUAUAUAUAUUUUUUUUUUUACCGGAAACUCUAUCCAAUAAGAGGGAAGGAGAGAAAGAAUCCAUUUAUAUUAAAUUUAUAUUAUUAUAAAUUAUAAUAUUUAAUUUACAUAUAAAUAAAUAAUUAAAUUACAUAAUUUAUUAUAUAUUUAAAUAAUUAAUUAACAACAGAAAUUAAAAUUGCAAAAUAAAAAACCAACUGCGGCCAACAUGGGGUUUGACUGCCAGCCAACCGUAUCAACGUGAAGUUGGUCCAUCGGCCGACCGCGAUUAACGUGCGGUUUGACCGAUGGUCCGACCGCUCGUUGAUUGCGGUCGGUCGAUGGUUCAACCGCGCGAUGACUGCGGUCGGCCGAUUGACCAACCACGCAUUGACCGCGGUUGUCCGGCUAAUCAACCGCACUUCGGCUGCCGUCGAGGUUCUCCGACAAUGACUGUCGCGAGGGUAGGAAAGCGGAUGGGCGGUGACAACGAUAGACGACAGGAAAGGAGAGCAGAUGGUCGGCGACGUGCGUGGACGACGAUGGUCGUUUGGUGGUUGGUCGACUGGUCGACUGGGGGUGUCGAGGACAGGUUGGUGGUGGCGACCUUUCGCUUCUGCCGGUCGUCUUCUCCGACGAUGGAGAAGGCCAACGACGGGAGGAGGGUGCCGGUGGAGGUGAGAAGACGACAGAAUGGAGGUGGGUCGCCGGCAAGGAGUUGUGGGAAGAGAUAGAGUCUCGUAGGGUUUAUUAGGGGUUGUUUGUUUGUUUGAAUUUGGAAAUUUAAGUUAGGGGUAUAUAGGUAGUUUAAUAUUUAAGUUAGGGCGAUCAUAGCAAUUUUAAGGGCGACGUUUAGCGAUUCAGAAUAAUAUUAUCAAUGGGUGGUCAAUAGGGGUAGGUCGGGGGAAUUUUGAUCAUAAAAUGCACCCACCCGCGCUUAAAUGGAUUGAUAAUUUUUAACCCAUCACCUACCCACAUUUAGUCUCGGGUUGGGUCGGGUGGAUGGUGGAUGAUGCGGGUGGGUUUGUAAGUUCACCCACAUCACUAUAUAUAUAUAUAAUAUAAAGGAGUCAACUUGACAUGAUAAUCGGUGGAGAGAGUUAUCGGACGGAAACAAGAAGAUGUAAUAUGUGAAAAAAUUCGAAUUAGUUCUGAAAUUGUAUAGUAAUUCUAUUAUGGAGGAGUUUUCUACAAUGGAGAUGAUUAUCAAAUGCAGGAAACUAAGGAAAAUUAUUCAACGGAGGAAAAAGAGGUGAUCUAGACUCAAGCAUCAGAGGAAAAAAUAAAGGGAAGAAGAGGGGAUUGCUAUUUGGAAUGUUGGCUUUGAGGUUCAAUAUCCAGGAGCAGCCCUAGUUUCCGUCUAACGUCUCCCCUCGAGGGCCAACAACUUUGUUCUUUUUGUUGUUGGGUUGAGCGGGUCACCCGCCCACACCCCACCCGCCACUCGAUGGAUGGCUCUCAGCGCAACCCAUCACUCACUCACAGACCCACCCACAUAACGCAAUUCGGGUCAAAUGCGGAUGGGUUGGCGCAAACCACCAGGUGAUCCGCCCGCAUGGCCAGCCCUAGUGGUCAAUCAUUUUAAUUUGGGUUAUGAUUUAAUUUGUAGAUCAGGAAACAAAGUACACAUUAAUUCAAGGGGUCGGGAUUGGAAUUAAAUUUCAAAUAUUAUUUGGUAUAGAAAUUAUGGAAGUGGGAUCAAUAUAUAUUGAAAUAUAAGCUAAUGCACAUUUUAACAGUUCCAGCUAGCUCUUCAUUGACUGUUUGUCACUCUCAAACACCAAAAUGACCACUUAGUUAUAAAUAGGGUUGAUUGCAUUUUAUAUCUUUUUACUAUUACAAAUUAACAGAUGUACACUUUUACUAUUAUUUUGUACGAACAUGUUCUUCUAGUAUUAUAACGGAACAAAUGUACCCUUUCGUUACUAAUUCUGUUAAUUAACCGUUUAAAUUGCAUGAAAAUGACUAUAAUGUCCCUAUCUCUUAAUUAAUAUACAAUUCAUUCCCAGGAAAAAAAUAGAAUUAAGUAAAUAAAUUAUUAUUUAUUUUAAUAAUCUUUACCUUUUCCUGUUUCCAUGGACGAAUGCACCCAACUCCGAUUAUUACUCUUGGCAAGAGUAACACACAAAUCCUACUCAGUAAAUACUCCGUUAAUACACGUAUAUGUACCCGUACGUACUUUAUUCGUUUAAAACUUCUGUAUCCGUAUUAUUGUCAAGCUGAUUUAUUUUUCCCCGUUCAUUUUAUGGCUCCCGUACUAAACACGUAUAAUACUCGUAUAACACUCUAAUAUCCGUAUUUAAUGAAUUAAUCUAUUAACUUUACUAUUAUUUAUAUAUUUAUUAUUUAUAAAAUAAUUAAAUUAUAUAUAUUUAUGACUAUUAACGUACAAUUAAACAUAGCAUUAGCUUAGACACGAAGUAAAAUACCCGUACGUAUAUUAUACGCAACUUUCCCGUACCAUAUUUUACUAACCAUGAUUUCCAUCCUCAAUAACUCCGGCGACGAGCAACUCCUCCACUCUCGUAUCGCGAACCCUCUCCACUAUAUCCCAUUAUGGAACCUUUUUUUUUUUUUUUUCAAAACCCAUAAAUUUCAAGAAAAUCAGCUACACUUAUAAUGCCUUUUGGUUUGCUGGUGACAUGGGAAUUACCAAUUUCGGUAGAUCUCAAUGCAAGUGAAAGGUAUUGUCUCCUCAAUCCGGACUUCAUCGUUCCAUUUGGAUAGAAGAGAGAGGCCGUUCCACCAAAAAAACAUAAAGAAGAAGGGACCGUUGUUGAUGAAGAGGAGAAGCGGGCUUGCAUAAGUUCAAGUCCUUAAACCACCUUUUUAAGGAGGAUAUUAAAGCGUUGUGAUUGGUUAUUGUAAUUUUAAGUAGUUAGUGAUAAGUUAUUAGUUAAUUAAUUGUUAAGGGUAUUUAGAGAAUUAUAAAUAAAUAUAAAAUUUAACCUAAUUAAAACUAUUAACAUAAUAACUCCCGCCACCUUCUCCUUUAACCCAAUUCAACUGAGCCUUCUCUCUCCUUCAACCGGUCGGCGCCUCAACUUCCCCCGCUACAGGUCGUCAUUCCGGUCGUCAACUCAUCCGCUAUAGGUUGUCGAUCCACACUCCGUUCCGUUGCAGGUCGUUGGUUGGUAGUCACCCACGUUGGAUUGGGUCCGGUCUUCGUCUCACUGCAUGUUGUUGGUUGGUCGUCCCUCGCGUUGGGUCGUUGAACGGGUCUCCGUCCCGUUACAAAUCGCUGAUUGGUUGUCUCCCCGAGUCGGGUUGUUGGUCGGGUCUCCGUCCCCUCUGUUGGCUGGAGUUCUUCGUCGACCGGUGUAUCACCUAUCAUCCACUUCCCCUCCGCUACUCGUUGCUUUGUUGGCCAAGGUAAGUUUCUAAGCCUAUUUUGUGUUUGUAAUUAUUAACUAAAUAGUCUUUAGUUUUAAUUUUAUAGAUGACGUUAGUAACUUUGAAAAUACCUUCAUCAAUUUGUUUAUUCCAUUAUCAAUAUUUUUAUCACAUUAUUAAUCUUUACUUGUGUAACGCCGUUUGUAAAAAAAAUUUCUUACAUUUGUAAUUUUUUCGAAUGACAUUAUCAAUUUUUCGUCAUAUGUUUUUUAGGUAUUCUUUACAUUUUUUUAUUAUUAACUAAAUAGUCGUGCUUUUAAUUUAAUUGGUGACGUAGUAACAUUGCCAAAUGCCAUUAUCAAAAUUUAUUAUGUCAUUAUCAAUUUGUUUAUUGUAUUAUUAGAUUUUACUUGUGUAAAGUUAUUUGUAAUUUUUUUUGCAAACAUUUGUAACUUUGUCAAAUGUGAUUAUCAAUUUUUCGUUGUAUACUUUUUACGUUUUCGUUUGUUAUAUUUUUUAAUUAUUAACUGAACAGUAUUUAAUUUUAAUUUAAUCAUUAGUUACAUACCAAAUGCCAUUGUCAAACAUUAUCAAUAUUUUUUGUUAUCAAUGUUCAAUCAUUAAUAUUUUAUUAUAGGUUAUUUUUUGUAAUUAGUUAUUAACCUUUUAGUAUAAUAUUUUCACAAUCAACACCAUUAAUAUAAACUCGUAACUUUCAUUUGUUGUCAUCAAUCGUAACUUUCAUUUGUUGUCUUAUCAAUGUUUUUAAUAACUAUUAUUAACGUUUUGCUCAAUCAUUUCAUUGCAGUGGGUUUUUCCUCUCAAGACCACUUUGUUGCCUACUGUGUUGAUCUCAAGAAUAAGCAAUUCCAAUUCAUGAAUAGCUUGUCUCAAACGUGGGAUGGAACAACGUACAAAGAGUAUAAAGAGGAACUGGUUAAGUACAUCGUUGCUUUUUGUGGUUGGAUUAGUAAAUCGUAACUAUAAUUUUGAGGAGUUCACAUGGGUGGAAGACCUAGAGUUGAACCUUUCCUUUGAAUUAAGAAUUGACGUCUAUUCUUAAUUCAAAUAGACGUCAAUGACACUAUUUUGUGCUUUGUAAUUUAUUUUUUAAAGUUUAACUAAACACAGUCGGUGACACUAUUUUGGUUGACAUUGUUAACUUGAAGGGAAAUUAUCAUUUAUUUCUGCUUCCAUAAUCAAUGUGGAUGAUGAUGCUUAGUUAUUUAACGUGUUACUCUAGUAGCACUUGUGUUCGUUCUGUUUUUCAUUUUCCUAUAUCUAUUUGGCUUUAAUAAUGGUUAUAAAAAAAUUAAAAAAAAAUUAAAAACUGAAAACUAGAGAUUACUAAUUGAUGACAUAAAUGUUAAUAACUAAUUGUUAUAAUUGGUGUUGACAGUGACAACGUUUAUAGUAAAAGGUUAAUAACUUAUGAAAAAAAACUAAUAACCUAUAGUAAAACGUAACUGAUUGGACAUUGGUAACAAAAACAUUAGUUAUGCGAAUCAUUGAGCAAAAAAGUUAAUAAUACUUACAAAAACAUUAAUAAGGUGAAAUUAAAAAUUACAAGCAGAUAAAUUAUUAAUAAUGGUUGUCAAUCGUUGAUAGGUUACAUAUAAAAUGUUAACAAUGGAAAAUGACGCUAAUAAUAAAAAUAUAUUGUGCAAAUGGCGGAUCUCUCAUCCUUCCUUGUCGGAGCCGCCUAACAGAAGAUGAUUCCUCUCCGACAACUUCAGCCAAUGAAUACCUAUCAACAAUCUUAUAUUACGCUGUUAAUAAUAUCAUCAACGUUUUUAAUAAUACAAUCAAUGUUAUCAAAAAGAUCAAUUUGUAAACAUGCCUUAUUAAAAUCAUGAUCAACCAAAUUAAUAUCACUAUACUAAAAAGUUCAAUACAUUGUCAGCGCAUUAUUAACUUUUUCCCAAUAUUAUCAACAUUUUUUACACAAACAAUACUAUUAACCUCGUUAACAUUUUAACUUGUUCGAAUAAAUAUUGUUAUUAAAAUCUUCUCAACCACUCCUACGAAGCAUACAAAAAUGUAAAAAAAAAAAAUCUUAACCAUUAUCAACUUUUUUUCAUCCAUUAUCAACAUUUUAACAUUAAGACAUCAAUAUCAUUAACAAAACAAAUGAUACUCUAUCCAUAAAACCUUUCCACGAAAAACAAAUCCAACACAAUAAGAUCUGGCAACGAUAUAUACUACCCAAAAAACCAUUCGAAAUUCCAUACCAAACUCUAAAGUCGCAACACGUUCCAUGUCAUCGGCGGCCGCUCAACCACACUAAGUCGGUAGCAUUCGGAGAAUCGCCGUCGCGCGUGCGGAGGCUACAGAGGAAAGUGGGAAGGUUGUUGCGGAGUCGGGGCUCAGCUUUGCUCAACGGAGAACUGGACGGGUGUUGCAGAGCUACGGCAAAGCUUCGGUGAUCGGGGAACUGGGUGACGGGGUGUUGCGAAGUCGCCGACUGAUAUUCGAAUCAGGCUUCGCGCGGAAUGGAUGCCGACGGCGAGAAGAUUUAGGGUUAUAGAGGACAACCGUCUUUUCGAAAAUGGUUAGGCAUUCUGUUAAUUAAUCGUGAGUUUAAUU